CUAUAUUUUUUUAAAAAUGUAUCUGUAAUCUGACUUUUCGUCUGUUACUGUUGUAUUUUAAUUGGGUUGAAUUAGACUUUUAAAAAACUUAGUUACAAUUUCCGUCUAGGGCAUUCACAUGAACACGGCUUGUUCGGUAUUUGCUGUUACAACAACAUUACAAGUUUAGGCUGGUCGUAAUUAGCAGGCCUUCAUUUCAUCAUAAUGACAUAGUGCUGGGCGUGCGUCUUUGCCUACUUAAUCAUGCCAUCUCUCUCUGUCUUCUUCACUGAGGCUUCAGACCAACGCCAGUAUCCGAAAUCGAGAAGAUAAGGUUCCACUGUACUUGUGUACUGAGGUCAAGAUGAUGUGCUAUACUGUCUAUACUGCUACACUUUGUCUGUUGGGCUUUGCUGCUGCCCAGACUUCACUUCAGAUUUCAUCCUGCCUGACUAAGGAUCAAAACCUUCGGAUGUUGUGCAAGUUUACUCCAGAUCCAGACGCAAAGCUCCCGAAGAAUUGCUACUAUAAGACGGAGGACAAAAUGGUUGGUUCCACCAACAUCAGCCUCAUCCCAGACAGCACCUUCAGGAACCGUGCCACAGUCGCCAUUGUCAAUGAUGUGUGUCAGCUGAAUCUGACUGGUUUCUCGGAUGACAAACCCAGAGACUUCACCUGCUUCAUCAAACAGACUGCCAUAGAGUCUAAAACUGCUACUGUGGAAAAGAGUAAGCUUCUGACCUGUUCGGCCUGGUGUUCUCUGCAGCACAGUGUAGUAGCACUCCUGCUAGCUUUCCUCACCUUCCCACUGAUGUCAGAGCUUCUGUGAGACUGUGUGUAACUAUAGAAUGGAUCUCUUGGUGCAAAUCCCCUACCCCAAAACAAAAUUGUCUUGUACUGCUCCAUAUAACAAAUCCCAAGUUAAUCAAUGCAAUCUAAGUGUUUGAUAAUUUCCUCAGAAAUCAGUUUUGUUGCCAUGGGGUCCAUUACUAAGAGAAUUUGACCAAUGUUAUUCUGCACUGGCUUGGCUUGGGUGAUGUCAAAAACACUGUUAUGUGAUGCAAAUCCCUUAAAUACCAUGUAAUGGCAUAUACUGUUUAAAUGUGGCUGCGGGGUGGUUGUGUUUUUAUAAAAUUAAAUCCAGUGUUAUGUUUAAGGAAUUCCAUUAAAUAAAUAUGGUUGUACUCGGA